CCCGAGUACCAGAAUACCUGUCCCACCCAAUCUGCCUGAAAUGCCUAAAGACAAGGCAGGAGCGUCCUUCUAUGGAGAACAAACACUGCACUACAUUGAAACAAAUGGAGAAAGUGCUGUAGUACAAUUACCAAAAAAAAACAAAAAACAAAAAAAGGCCCAAUUUAUGAUAUGGUUUGGAAUUCUAGGUCUACUGAGUUUUGUGCUGUUUAUGGUUUUACGCCUGUGAAAACAAGUUUUCAACCUGAAGUGUGAUCUUGUAUUUGGGACUGGUCCUUGCAUUGCAACCUUCUAUAGCUCUCAUGACAUUCAUUAGUACUGGCUGGAUUUGGAAAUCUUCGUGGAAAAUGGAAGUAUGGAAUGUCAAAAACGACAAACUUAUUUCUAAAUCAAUGGCCUCUAAUUCUACGUAUUUUGCCUGGUGUCCAGAUGGUGAGCAUAUUUUAACAGCCACAUGUGCUCCCAGAUUACGUGGUAAUAAUGGGUAAAAGAGUUGGCAUUAUGAUGGCUCCAUCUUGCAUGAGUAUGAUGUGACAUCAAAUGGAGAAUUAUGGCGGGUUUCUUGGCAGCCAUUUUUGGAUGGGGUAUUUCCAGCAGAAACAAUGAUGUACCAAGCAGUUCCAAGUGAAGUACCUCGUGAGGAACCUAAACCUGCAACAGCAUAUAGACCUCCAGCCUUAAGAAAUAAGCCAGUCACUGAUUCUAAGCUGCAUGAGGAUGAACCUCCCCAGAAUAUAAAACCUCAUCCAGGAAGUGACAAGCCACUAUCAAAAACAGCCCUUAAAAAUGAAAGGAAGCACGAAGCUAAAAGAGCUGCAAAACAGGAAGCAAGAAGUGAUUUGGCUCCUACUCCAGUCCCACAGAGUGAACCACGGAACACUAUCACCCAGUCUGCUUCAGGUGAUCUAGAAGUCGACAAAAAAAAAAAAAGAAAAAAAAAGAAUCUAAAGAAGAAACUGCUGAAAGAGCAGGCAGCCUCUGGGAAACAGCUAGAGAAAAAUCAGUUGGAGAAAAUUCAAAAAGAGACAGCCCUUCUCCAGGAGCUUGAAGAUUUGGAAUUGGGAAUUUGAAGAUUCACAGAAAGCAAAUUUGCUGACCGGAACCAAUCUAAGCAAAUCUGUUAGCCCCACGGUGUUCAUGGAGUCUCCAUGUGCCCGCUUUUAACACCAUUUGUCCAUGUGUGAUUAUUUAAUGAUGUCUAUUAAGUUGACUUUUACAUCUGCACCCUGUAUCAUGUCAGUGUGUGAUAAGAGAGAUGAUUUUUUUC